GGCCCAGCCCUGCGGCUAGUGGGCGGAGAGAGGUGGACGUGGCUAGCGUUAGGGAGAAGUAUUGUCUGGAAACCCUGGGCUCCCCACAAGCCACCACCGGCCCGGUUCACCCUGAACUCUGUUGCCUGAUCUUCUAAGAGGGCGCUGGGGCACGCUGGAUUUAGACUGCAGUCCUUCUGGGCCUCUAGUUCCUUAUCUGUAAAAUGGGGUUAGUCCUCCCUACCUUCCACCGGCUUUGGGAGCAUCUAAUGAUAUAAUUAGGGGAGAGUGCUCUUAAACGAAGGUGUUUUACCAAUAGUACUGCCGUUUUUAGGCAGUAGGGCCCAAUAGUUAGGAGCCAGAUUGGGUUUGAAAAUCCAGGCACUUCGCUUUGCUGGAGCUGGGCAGGUUGGGAAGUGUCGUUAUUUAAUCUUUCUGUGCCUCCGCUCAUUUUUAAGUGUGGAUAAAGAAUAGCACCUGCCUCAAAGGGCUGUUUUGAAGAAGCGUUACUGUUAUAAAGCAUUUGGAACAGUGCCUAAUGCGGUAAAUAAACACUCAAAUGAUAGUUAAUAUUAAAUACAACCUAUCUAAUCAUGACAUCCUCUUCCCCAUCCAUCCCCAGGCAGUUUACAGAUCAAUCUUCCCUCUUAUUCUAUUCAAAAGUUCCUUAAGUUUUUCAAUGUUUAUUUAUUUUUGAGAGAGAGAGAGAGAGAGAGAGAGAGAGAGAGCGCGAGCAUGCGUGGGGUAGGGGCAGAGAGGGAGAGACACAGAAUCUGAAGCAGGCCGCAGGCUCUGAGCUGUCAGCACAGAGGCGGAUGCGGGCUGGAACCCACUAACGACCUUUGUGUUGCAGCUGUAAUUAGAGAAUGUGGUCUUGUUACACUGUCACUGAAGAGCCAAACCCUGGAUGCAGAAACAGAUGUGCUAUGUGCAGUCCUUUACAGCAAUCACUACAGGAUGGGCCACCACAAGCCCCAUUUAGCCCUCAAACAGGUUGAACAAUGUUUAAAACGUUUGAAAAACAUGGAUUUGGAGGGUUCAAUUCAACAUCUGUCUGAGUUGUUUUCUUCCAAUGAAAAUCAUCGUGUAACUACCGAAGCAUAUGUCAUCCCUAGCCAACCAGUGGUUGAAUUGGUGCUCAUGAAGAUUUUGGGAGCCUGCAAGUUGUUACUUCGCCUCUUGGACUGUUGCUGCAAGACAUUUCUCUUGACUGUGAAACAUCUAGGUUUACAAGAAUUCAUUAUUUUAAACCUUGUGAUGGUUGGGCUGGUGAGCAGGUUAUGGGUUCUCUAUAAAGGUGUUUUAAAAAGGCUGACUUCUUUAUAUGAGCCAUUGUUUGGAUUGCUUCAUGAAGUCUCUAGGAUUCAACCACUGCCUUACUUCAAAGAUUUUACCUUUCCUUCUGAUAUUGCCGAAUUUUUAGGACAGCCCUAUUUUGAGGUCUUUAAGAAAAAAAUGCCCACAGCUUUUGCAGCUAAAGGAGUAACUAAAUUGUUAAAUAAACUGUUUUUAACAAAAAAUCAAUCACCAAGGUCUAGCAAAGAAACUGUACACAGAAUUUCCAAAAAAGCUAAGCAAAUGAAGAUCAAUAUACAGAAUAAUGUGGAUCUUGGACAGCCAGUAAAGAGUAAGAAAAUCUUCAAAGAGAAGUCCUCAGAAUUUGAUUUGAGAGCUUUCUGCAAACAGCUGAAGCACAAGGCUAUUCAGGAGACCAGCGUUAAAUGUUCUCAGUCCAAACUAAAGGCAACCAAACAUUCUUCUCAGAGAGCAUCAGGAACUCCCUGUGCCAAAAGUUUUGUGCAAAGAUUUCGAGGGGCUAAGACUUUCACUCAACUUUCUGAAGAAAUCCAAAUGGCAAUUUUGUGGUGCAGGAGCAAAAAACUCAAGGCUCAGGCCUCCUUUCUGGGUAACAAACUUCUUAAAAGUAACCGGCUUAAACAUGUGGAAGCUCAAGGCCAUAGUUUACCAAAGAAACUAAAGUGCAUAAAAGCAUCUAUUUGCAACUGUCUUCUUCGUGGCUCAGGAAUCAAGACUUCAAAGCAUCAUUUGAGACAAAGAAGAUCUCAGAGUAGAUUUUUACUGGGACAGAAGAGACUGCAGAGAAAGUUGCAGUUGACUCUUUCAAAGGAAAUUCAACAGUCCCCUCAAGGGAUGCAGAAUGCUACAGAUAGCAGAAAAUGGAAACGCUCACACUGUUCAGUUCAUAGAACUGAUCUCUACCCCAACAAUAAGCAACUCUUGAGGAGCAGAGUUUCAAAUCCUGUCAUACAAACUAAAGAGAAACAAAUUCAUGAAAACCUUACAGGAAACAACGAAAAUGAAACUAACUCAUGGACAGUGAUGCAAAUGAACAAACAUAAUACAUCAGGAACCAUUAAGGAGACAGAUGACAUUGAUGAUAUUUUUGCCUUAAUGGGUGUUUAAAUGCUCAUAUAUGAGACAUUUAAGUGCUUAACAAACUGGUCCAGUGUUCUGUUUUACGUGGAACUUGCUGAGUUCUGGAAAGAUUUGGAAAUACUACUUGGACUCAGAGAGGAGCUUAUUUAGUGUAACACUGUACAGCAGUAAUGUCAGUUCAAUAAAUAUUUAUAGUAGCUCUGUGUCAUUUAAGUGACAAGUACUUGACUACUAAAUAGUCAAAUUUUUACUUUGUACCAGGGGUUAAGAUGAAAAAAUUUACCAUAUCCUGUCCUUGAGAAGCAGAUGUAAUUCCUUAAUUAAAGCUGGUGGGUCCCUGGGGCACCUGGGUGGCUUAGUCGGUUAAGUUAAGCAUCCCAGCAUCAGCUCAGGUCAUAAUCUUACAGGUUCAUGAGUUUGAAGCCCAUGUCACACUCUGUGCUGACAGCUCAGAGCCUGGAGCCUGCUUUGGAUUCUGUGUCUCCCUUUCUCUCUGCCCCUACCCCACUCGUGCUCUGUCUCUCAAAAAUAAACAUUAAAAAAGAAAAAAAAAAGCUGGUGGGUCCCUUAAAAACUGAAUAAUUUUAUGAUUUACCAGGGAAUUAAGAACUGAGUAAUUAGGUUGAUAAAAACCUACUCUGUGCCUUAGAUAUAUGGGGAUGGGCUGGGAUGGAAAGCAAAGUAUCAAGGAGUACUUAAAAGGUCACUUUGGUCUUAUGGCUCCAUUUUAGGUAAGUCCCCCUCUGAACACCAAGGUUUGUAGCUUCUAAUGGUUGUGCAUAUAAUUCUUGAUUAUAUGCUAGAAUUAAUCAUCAAAAAGGACUAGAAAAUUUUGCCACUAAGUGUAUUAUCAGGGACUGGUCACAACCAUUAUUUCACUUCAUCUUUUCACCAUACCUCACAGGAAGGCAUAUUAAAAUGAUUUUGAAGAUCUCCAAAAGUUUCUGGGUUUUUUUUUUUUUUUUUGGUUUAUUUAUUUGGGUGCCAGUGAUUAAUUCCAAAUAGACUUUUCUCCAAAAAGGACGUACGGUGGCAUAUGGUUAUACAUGAAGUACAAGAUAACAAAAUAGAAGUAGAUGAGGAAGUCAAAUGAAAAAAUAAAGCUUAUUGGGUGCCUGGGUGGCUCAGUCGGUUAAGCACCAAAUUCUUGAUUUUGGCUCAGGUCAUGAUCUCACAGUUUGUGGGUUUGAGCUCUUUGUGGGUCUCCAUGCUGAUGGUGCAAAGCCUGCUUGGGAUUCUGUCUCCCUCUCUCUCUGCCCUCCCCUGUUCUCUCUCUCUCUCUCUCUCUCUCUCUCAAAAUAAAUAAGUUAAAAAAAAAAAAAAAGAAGAAGAAGAAGAAAAAGAAAGCUUAGUUUACACAAAAUAGACCCAGUGGUGAGGCCACACAUAAAUUUAUAAUUUGGUGCUGAUGCUGUCAUCUGAUAGUUGUAUACUGUUUGUACCAUUGCUCAGAGAGGAUAAAUCUUACGUGUUUUCAAUGAUACAAGGUUUGAUGUAUUUUUCAAGUGUUCUAGUUUACUAAAAUUAGGUCAGUACUAUUCUAUUUGUUAAGUAGGUCGUAGCCUUAAGUUUUAUGUUAUAUAUGGAUGUAGAGAAAAAUAAAACAGUGCCCUCGUA